UCGUGGCCGACGGUCCUCAUGUGGAUUUACCCUGACGUAUCCUCCCCCACACCCAACCGCCGGUAGCCAUCACGCGACCCAGCUACCACAAAUAAACCAACGCGACAGCACCCGCAAUCUAGCGGCAGCUGUGUGAUAUCAUCGCCGUCUAGGUAAAGCGGGAUCGUACCCGGGAAUCGGAAGAAAAAAGCAACCAGAAAAAGGAGCGAGAGCGCGCCAGAGAAGUUCUCGCGCUCCGUUGCGCUCCUCAACAUGUCACCCAAAUUACGACCUCUCCAGCUGCCAUUGUUGGUCGAAGCCAGGAGGAGGAAAGAAUUGGAGGAGGCGGCGCAGGCUGAGACUGACAUGGAUGUGCCGUAUAACUUCUACACGACGGACCCCUACUCGUCCGACACGACGUCGCCAGUCACGCCAACCUUCUCCGCCCGCGGCCACCUGCGCUAUUCCAGCUCCAUGUCAUCUUUCGACCUGGCCGCGGUGCCCGGCACCGAGUGCCCCUUAUCUCCGUCGCAAACAACGCAGAGCUCUGGCAAGCGUGUGCUACCAGACGUCGAGGAGGAGCCUAUCGAAUAUGACGAUGACUCGGAUUCCGAGUACGACAACGCUUCUGAGCUUUACCACUGCUUGUGCGACGAGCCGUGCAUCCAUCGCGAUGCCGAUCUGGUGCAGAGCACGUCCAACUUCUACUCGCAAAGCAGAAGUGGUGAAUACGACAUCGCCUUCCUCAGCGACGGGGAUUUUAGUUUCAGCCUACGCUCGAGGAAGCGCAGGACUGGCUCGGAGUCGCCCUUUGCUGGGUUCUCGCAGCGGCUGGGUUCCAGGUUCCCCUCUUUCACGAAAUGGAAAUCGUCGAAGCCGUCGAGCAUUAUCAGCUCGCCCAUCUCCGACUUAGGGUUCGAACGGCGGCGACCGGCCUUUUCCGGGGCGGCAUCGAGCCGCUCCUCUUCCCUCUCGGCGGUCGGUCGGCACCCUGACCGUUCGAACGAACCCCCGCUACCCACACCUGCUCUAUCACGUUUCGGAAGCAGCGACAGCGUUAUGGACGGGCAGUUUGAUGGCACGAGGGCUAACUAUCUCCUCGCAUCUAUCGAGCACGACCGCAAGCAGGCGGCGACACCACUGUUACCGCCCAUGCUGGCCACGUCAGCUGAGCAGCUUGCUGGCCACUCUUCCCCUUUGGAGUCUGCGAGCAUUGCCUCCCCCGUCUCCCUCGACGACGAGAUCUACGCAAUAAAUACGCUGUCGCCACCGCUCAGUACGAAACCUUCGGACUCCUCCCUCCGCUUCGUGCCGGGUACGGUAGAGCUGCCUCAGCUCCCGGCUCCCGAUGCUUGGUCCGACCGCCUGGGGCACGCGAAUUAUACUAUAACCCCCAAGCCGUACAUGCCGGAGACUUCUGACUUGGACUCUCUCCGUCAAUUCAGGGCGGACUGGGAGACGGCGCGCGUGAAUUACACCAAGCACCUCGCGCGGACGGGCGAACACUACGGCCAGACCUCCAAGACCUACGCCCUUACCGAGGCCAAGUGGGCCGAGACGCAGCGCACUUGGCGAAACCUGCAUGACGAAAUAGCCGAGGCGGUGGUCGCUAGCGGCGAAGCGACGGCGUGCGAGAAGUUUGACGAAGGCGCGCCGACUACGGUGCCAAGGAUGAACGCGGAGGGCAAGUUCCCGGAGCGCGGCGACGAAGACAUCGUCGGCCCCAUGGUCCGCGAGGCAACCAUGAUUUCCCUCGACGGCUCCGAACGGAAGAGCCCCAGCUUCUGGCGCAACUUGGCUGGCAAGGUCGGCCUGCGGAAGUGAUGAGCGCCCCCACGCUGUUGUACCAGAACCAGAUUGGCCCUGAGACGGCACUCAAUUUUACGACUACCUUACGAUGACUACGACUAUAACGUCACUUACGCUCGUUCCAUUAUUCGUUUCUAUCGAUAUUACGCCUGCAGCAUAGAGAGAUACCAUUUGCCUUUUUUUUUUCCUUCGGGAUUGCAGUUAGAGGACGACCGCAAACCAAGCCUGCCAGCCUACAGCAUUCGCAUGCAUCGCACCGGGCUGAGGAAGCACCAAUCGAAAUAUCUAUUUGUUUAAAUUCCCUGAAUCAUAAUUUACGUGAGGCUGUCUCGGGCCGAGACCGAAAGCGCCUCCCUGCACAUACUCUGCCUCCCCCCCUCUGCUGCGCUUCCCUAGCCUUGUUC